AUGGGCAUUCAAAAUUUUUGUUAUUCUUUACUGAUUUUAUUUUUGAUUCUCAACGGCUCCAUUGAAGUUGAAAAUUCAAUAGAUAAAACUACUACAACACAUUUGACAUCAAUUACUGCUGCUACAACAACUAGUUCGAGCACAAACCAAUCGACUUUAUUGUUAUGCCCUAAUGGCCAUGUUGAUCCACCGAAGUGUACUCAAUGUUCGUCACAUAAUGAAAGUAAUGGCACAAAAUGUCUUGAAAAUAAAAAUCAUGUAAAACCAUCAUCUGGAACAGGUCAUCGUGCUUCGAUAAUAGUUCUUGUUUGUCUAUUAUCAGCAUUCGCCAUUUUUGGUAUGCUUGCUGCUUAUGCUCGUGUAAAUCGGCAACGUCGACAUCGCCCAUCGUCAAAUGCAGGAGCUACUAUAGGUUCAUCAACUAAUCAUACAACUAUUACUAAUCGUUUUAGUAAUAUUUUACGAUCAAUUGGUUUGAACAAUCCUAACAAACGUCCACUAUUUUCUUUCCUUUCAAAUUCAAAUAAUAAUAAUUCUUCUGAACAAUAUCGACCACCAGCAGCAUCACAUACUGAUUUAAAUGAAAAUCUUGAUGAAGCUUUACUAUUCGAUGAUCCAUAUGUCGAUGGAGGACUCAGUAAUCCAUCUGUGAAUCCAUAUAAAUCGUUAACACUUGCUAUAACUUAA